AUGUCGGAUACUGCUCUUUCACCAAAUGCUGGCUCAUUUCAUCAUGUAUUCCCUGAUGGCCUUGGGCACAAGCCUACCAAUCCAUCGGGGCAGAACAACCUCGGGCUCCUUGCGAGUAAUUUCAAUAUGGGGCCAGUGCCUCCCAACCCAGCGGUCAUGCCAGAUAACGUGUUCCACUGCCCACCAUGGCAACCGUUGCACGAGGACUCCGUCGGUGCUCGAUCCACCUUAUACCAUGAUUUAGAGGCGGAGACCAAUUUGCGGAUGCCAACAAGUUUUCAAUCCGAUCUAGUCGCUACCGCUGGAUAUUCGUAUGGUCAUUUACCCAGCAACACAACAAUAACCCCUGUCCCCAUGCCAGUUGAACACCAGCCGAGAGAGGCACAACAGGAGACUCGUGCGAAGAAUAUGCAAGACAGUGGAAGGAAUUACCGACCUGUGCAGAGAUGUAAAUGGGAGGGCUGUACGUCCACAAAGAUUUUCAACCGCGAGGCCGACCUUGUGCGGCAUGUUCGGACCAUCCAUAUUGCUCCUCGGUCUUAUAGGUGCAAUGUCGAUGGUUGCUUCAAGUCCUUCAAUAGGGGUGAUAACCUCAAGGAGCAUAUGUUCAGGGUUCAUGAUUGUGACUGUUAG